AUGCUUUCAGGACGAGAUGGUCGUGAUGGCCAACAUGGCUCCCCAGGAACACGAGGCAGUCCUGGUUUGCAAGGUUCACGUGGUGCUCAGGGACUAAGGGGUCUCCCUGGUCCUAAAAGUGGUGGUGUUCAGUACAUACGUUGGGGGAGGACCUCGUGUCCUUCUGGUGCUAAUCUCGUCUAUAAAGGUCGUGUAGGGGGAGAGGACUACACCCACCUCGGUGGGGGUUCCAACUAUGUAUGCCUGACAGAGUCCCCCAAGUACGCGAGCUACAACGAUGCUCAUCAAAAGUAUUCAGCCUACAUGUACGGUGCUGAGUAUCAAACUAAAGACAGCUACAAUCCAUUUUCACCCAAUCCUCACGACCACGACGUCCCUUGUGCUGUAUGCUUUAUUCCAAACCGUAACGCCAAACUGAUGAUCUCGGCAACUUACGAGUGUCCCUCGGGAUGGUCCAAAGAGUACUGGGGAUAUCUUAUGCCAUCGGAGUACCGUCAAAACAGCCAGAAAGAUUUCAUUUGCGUUGACAAAUAUCCAGAAGUCGUCAAAGGCUCGGUUCACAACCAUAAUGGUGCAUUGUUGUACACCGUUGAAGGAAGGUGUGGUUCUCUGCCUUGUCUUCCUUACGUAGAAGGACGGGAACUGACAUGCGCAGUCUGUACCAAGUAAAAC